GAUGUGAAUUUGAAAUCGAAGUGCAUUGAUUUUUGCCUUGGAAUUGCGAGCGCAGAUCCAGUGAAGAGUCGGAAAUUUAAUAAACUUUUAUAAUACCUGUUUUAAGAGAAAGAGAGAUCAAAAAUCAUGUCAGCGGAGAAGAAAUCAAGAACAGGCAAGGUCAUCAUGGUGACCGGAGGCUCUGGUUUGGUCGGGAAAGCCAUUGAGAGAGUCUCCAAGGAAGACCAGAGACCUGAUGAAACCUGGGUCUUUCUCAGCUCCAAGGAUGGUGAUCUACGGUCAAAAGAGGAGACUGCUGCCCUCUUUGAAAAAUAUCAGCCAACGCAUGUCAUUCAUUUAGCAGCCAUGGUUGGCGGACUCUUUGCCAAUCUAUCACACAACCUUGACUUUUGGAGAACCAACAUAAAAAUCAACGACAACGUUUUACAAACCGCUUACGAAACCGGUGUGAAAAAGGUUGUAUCCUGUCUUUCAACGUGCAUCUUCCCAGACAAGACCACCUAUCCCAUCGAUGAAACCAUGAUCCACAAUGGCCCGCCGCAUGAUUCCAACUUUGGCUAUUCCUACGCAAAACGGAGCAUCGAUAUACAGAACAGAGGAUACCAUGCCCAGUACGGUUGCCAAUUCACUGCCGUCAUUCCAACCAACGUCUUCGGUCAAUGGGAUAACUUCAAUUUACAAGAUGGUCACGUGAUACCGGGUCUUAUGCACAAGGUCUACCAGGCAAAACGUGAUGGCACACCUUUGACAAUCUGGGGCACAGGGAAACCGCUUCGCCAGUUCAUCUACUCUUACGACCUUGCCCGCCUUUUCGUAUGGGUUCUACGAGAGUACGAGGAGAUCGCACCGAUCAUCCUCUCCGUCGGUGAGGAAGACGAGGUUUCUAUCAAGGAGUGUGCAGAGCACGUCGUCGAGGCCUUCGACUUCAAGGGAGAGGUGGUCUAUGAUACAACUAAAUCAGACGGUCAAUAUAAGAAGACAGCUAGCAACGCAAAGCUCCGAUCGUACCUUCCGGAUUUCAAGUUCACUCCUAUAAAGCAAGCUCUGAAAGAGACAGUAGCAUGGUUUGAAGCAAACUACGAUAUCGCCCGCAAGUAAGCGACAAAAAGACUUAAUUCACUCCAAGGAAUAAGGACUUAAGGGACUUUUCAUCGAUGGUAGUCAAGCAAAUUGUUUUUACUUAUUUUUUCCUUAAUUACAUCUUGUUUUAAUCAUAUCAUAUGGCCAAAAGGUCAACGGAUUCGAGGGACUUUUUGCUCACGGUACGGAAACCAAAGUGUCUCUGUUCGGUUUAUAGAUCUCUUUAAUUUUAAUUUGGAUUUAGUAUAUUGGUAAAUGUAGGAUAUAAAACGUGUGCUUUAGUUGUUGGUGCAAUUUCAUAGUAUAGUG